UAUGCAUCUCAGUAAGUAAUCAACAUUCAAUUAACACGCUUGAUUCCAGGUCAUUAGGCAAUUCCUUCAUAAUGAUUGGGUGCGUUUUUCCCUCCAUCUUAUACUGUUCGUCAGAGUGGGAAGAGGGCAACCUCCGAGCUGAAAGCAACAUUCCCCACCCGGGCUGAAAGACAACAACACCCCGCUUGAGCUGAAAAUCAAAAAGUAUAAUAUUUGUGGUGUAACUAGGUAUACGCAUGAGGGAUUACUAAUUUGAAUUGGUUAUGUCCAUAUAAAAUCCUGCUCGACCACCCUUAGCCACGUCGGUCAUUCUACUCCGUACAAAUCUUUUGGUCACCCCUCUUCCCACACCAUCUCCCUUUACACAAUCAAGAUGUCUUGGAAUCAGAACCCUGAUGAUGAGGUCGAAUGCCCACCAGUCACGAACGGCAUACAAACUGUGACAGCCUCGGCUCUCCGAAGGAAUGGAUUUAUGGUAGUAGAAUCCCGUCCUUGUCGAAUCGUUGGAAUAUCACCACCACAUCCUGCAUACAAUAUUACCUUGAAAAACAUCUUUACAGGCGAGGAUGUUGAGACUACAGUUGCACAUGAUGCAAAUGUAGAAGUUCCAGACGUCACACGACGAGAAUAUCAUUUGUUGUCUAUCGAUGACACUAUUCUUUCCAUGGUCAAUGAAGGUGACCAGGAAAAGAACAGUCUUCAUGUUCCAGAUGGUGAGCUUGGGGAUAAGAUCAAGCGAAUGAAAGAUGAAGAAGACCUUGAUGUAAAUAUUAUUGUUAUUGAAGCUAUGGGCGAAGAAGCGGUCAUCGGCGUCAAGCAGGUGUGAGGGUUGUGCUGAGGAAUUAAACAAGCCGCUCCUCGUUCACAGUGGCUUUUAUUAGGGGGCUCGGACUCGCC